AUGUCCCUCAACUGAAGUUAACUGUCUCCCUGUUCCUCCAUAACUCCCUGUCCACGUAACCGUCUCCUUCUUCUACUAAAGCAGUCCUUUCUCUCACUUCUUACUUUUUUUUUGUUUUGUUUCUCUUUUCUCCAGUUAAUUUCUCUACGUUGAUCACACAAUGAUUCGCAAUCAAUUUCCUCCUGCUUCUAACGCAAUCAUCCCUAUCUUCCCUAAUCCAAAUCUCCAACUUGCUUUAUCUCCAAGUUACCAUCAGAGCCCUAGAAAGAAACGCACCAAAACCGUUGCAUUACCCUCUAGCUCUUCACCAAAACCAAAAUACACCAAAAAGCCGGACCCAAAUGCUCCCAAGAUCACACGUCCGUGUACCGAAUGUGGCAAAACGUUCUGGUCUCCGAAAGCUCUUUUUGGACACAUGAGAUGUCACCCUGAGCGUCAAUGGCGUGGCAUCAAUCCUCCUCCUAACCACCGUGGCCGCCUCACCCCGGCUUUAUCAUCAAAACAUCUAAGCCAGAGAUCAGCAAAUCUGGUCUCACUCAUGUCGGAGGAAGACUAUGAAGUUGCUUCUUAUCUCCUAAUGCUGUCUGAAGCCGCGCCAUUAUCAUCAAGUACUAGUGGUGAGCGGUUCGAGUGUGGAGGAUGCAAGAAAGUGUUUGGAUCGCAUCAGGCUUUAGGAGGACACAGAGCGAGUCACAAGAACGUUAAAGGAUGUUUCGCAAUCAGAAACGUAAACGGUGGUCCAGUAACCGUGACUAGUAACCAAGAUGAGCAUCAUAAGUGUAAUAUAUGUUAUCGAGUGUACUCCAGUGGUCAGGCUUUAAGAGGUCAUAUGAGAUUCCACUGCUGGGAGAGGGAAGAUGAGACAAUGUUCGUUGGUGCGUUGGAUCUGAAUGUUCCUGUAACAACACAUGAUCUCUCUACUUCGGUCGACAUAUCAGGGUGUUCAUUAGAUCUUAGGUUGGGACUUUAAUUAGUAAAUGUAUAUAUCUAUAGUUAUAUAUUUAUAUUGGAUGUUUGCUUCUAAUGUAUCUAGGAUGAUAUGUUGUUGAAUGUUUUUUUUUUUGAACUUAGCUUUCAUAUUAAAAAUGC